AUGCCGCCGCGCCGCCUCCGCCGCCCUGGCCCGGCGCCCCGCCUCCUCGCGCUGCUCCUCCUCCUCCUGGCCUCGGCCGUCCCAUUCUCCCGCGCCGCCGGCGACGUGGGCGACGAGGAGCGCGCGGGCGAGGCGGCGGCCGCGGUGGCGCGCGCGGAGGGCGUGGUCGCGGCCCUCGAGGCCGGCGGGGAGGCGGCCCGCGGCAAUGCGACGGCCAAGGGCGAGGGCGAGGGCAGCCUCGCCGACAUGAUCGACCGCGCGCUCGAGAAGGAGUUCCCCGACUCCGAGGGCGACCAGGGCGGCGGAGAGACGGACCCCGGCAGCUUCAACAACACGGUCGCCGAGAAGCAGGGUGUCCUGGAAACUGUGGCUAGAAGAGUAACGAAGAAGAAUGAGACCAAAGACAAUAAGUCGUUUCCAUUUAAAGAAGUUUUCUUGGACCGGUCAGAGCAAGAGGAUGUUCCCACAUUGAUUGAUCGGAAGGAUAAUGUAUUUAUUAUAUCAAAUCGGAAGUCAAAGUACCCUGUACUGCAGCUGGAUCUUACGUUGAUAUCAGAUCUUGUUGUUGUUAUUGUAUCUGCUACAUGUGGCGGGAUCGCCUUUGCUUGCCUUGGGCAACCAGUGAUUACAGGUUAUUUACUUGCAGGAUCCAUAAUUGGCCCUGGUGGUUUUAGCUUUGUCAGUGAAAUGGUCCAAGUUGAGACAGUAGCCCAAUUUGGUGUUAUAUUUCUUCUGUUUGCUCUGGGACUCGAGUUUUCUACAGCAAAACUCCGAGCCGUACGUGCGGUUGCUGUUCUUGGAGGAUUGCUCCAAAUUAUACUAUUUAUGUUCCUUUGCGGCAUUUCUGCGACGCUCUGUGGAGGCAAAACUAAGGAAGGUGUUUUCGUUGGUGUUCUUCUUUCUAUGUCUUCGACAGCAGUGGUUUUAAAAUUUCUAAUGGAAAAGAACAGUAUUAAUGCCCUUCAUGGUCAAGUGACGGUUGGCACACUCGUACUGCAGGAUUGUGCUGUUGGUCUUCUUUUUGCACUUCUUCCAAUUUUGAGUGGCACUUCUGGUCUUCUUCAUGGUGUCGCAUCAAUGGCAAAGUCGCUUGUCAUGUUGAUAUCAUUCCUUGCAAUUCUCUCCAUCCUCUCCCGGACUUGUGUGCCUUGGUUUCUUAAGCUGAUGAUAAGUCUUUCGUCUCAGACAAAUGAACUUUAUCAGUUGGCAGCGGUUGCAUUCUGCUUGUUAUUUGCUUGGUGCAGUGAUAAGUUGGGCCUGAGUCUAGAGUUAGGAUCAUUUGCAGCUGGAGUGAUGAUAUCAACAACUGACCUUGCACAACACACUCUUGAACAAAUCGAACCUAUUCGAAACCUCUUUGCUGCUCUUUUCCUUGCCAGCAUUGGGAUGCUAAUUAAUGUCCAUUUCCUGUGGAACCAUGUGGAUAUACUUCUUGCAGCUGUUAUUUUGGUGAUAACUAUAAAGACAUUUAUUGUAUCUAUUGUUGUAAAAGGGUUCGGCUAUAGCAACAAAACAUCUCUUCUUGUUGGCAUGUCUCUUGCACAAAUUGGGGAGUUUGCUUUUGUUCUUCUUAGCCGUGCUUCAAGCAUCCAUCUGAUUGAGGGCAAGCUAUAUCUACUUCUUCUUGGAACCACUGCACUUAGCUUGGUAACAACACCCCUGCUAUUCAAAAUGAUCCCAGCAGUUGUCCACCUUGGUGUUCUUUUGAGAUGGUUUUCUGUUGAUAGCAAUCAGUUGGGCUUAAAAGGUGACGUCAUCCGCAUUGAUAGCGGCAAGCGCAUAAAUGUGAUAGUCCAAGGCCCGCAUGACUCAUGACAUACUUGGCACACUGCAAACUACGUUUAGUAUGGCGUAAUUUAACAAGCUCUGUAAAGUGUAUUCACAGCAUGUACCUAAGAGUUUAUAGCACAUAUGCGUGGCCAGGAGGGAGUGGAGGCAAAAGAAAUCAGAUCACGUGUGCGGGAUUGAUCCUUAAUCCACAUAGUUCUAUGGGCAUUGGAAGAGCGGUCUCCUGGAUGAUUGGCACACUGUUGCUAGCAGCUGAAGUGUGAUCCCUCUAAUGAGGGUUUUCUGUAGUAUAUGAAUGUAUGCUGAUCAAUUGAUCAGAUUAGCGU